AUGGAGAGUGGGUUUGGGGAAUCGACAAGCAGGCACCGCCCCAGCCCUUCUUUCUCUAGCAAUAACAAUAACAACAGCGAUGCCGGGAAUUUUGAGUGCAAUAUUUGCUUUGAUUUAGCACAAGACCCUAUUGUCACACUCUGCGGUCACCUCUUUUGCUGGCCUUGCCUUUACAAAUGGCUUCAUAUUCACUCUCGGUCCCAGGAAUGCCCGGUUUGUAAGGCUCUUAUUGAAGAGGAGAAAUUAGUCCCUCUAUAUGGCCGAGGUAAGAACUCAACUGACCCUCGGUCUAAGUCAAUUCCUGGGAUGGAGAUUCCACAUCGGCCUGCAGGACAGAGACCUGAGACAGCUCCUCCGCCAGAUCCUAACGUUAAUGCUUUUGCACAACAAGGAUUUGGAGUUAUGGGGGGCGUUGGCCCCUUCGGGGGGUUUGCACCUAUGGCUACUGCGAGAUUUGGGAACUUCACAUUAUCUGCGGCACUUGGUGGUCUAUUCCCCUCAUUUUUUAACGUUCAGGUGCAUGGAUUUCCUGAUGCCAACAUGUAUGGAGCCGGUCCUGCAGCAGCAGCAGGCAGAUUCUACCCUAAAAUUGCUCCUGUUGGUUAUUGGUUUGAGUGUACUUGUGACUCUCAUUUGGAGUUGAGUGUUAUGCAACUUGGAAGCUUCAAAAUCACAAGGAUUUUGUUGAUUCUACCUUACUCAUUUUCGGUAACAGAAUUAUCUUGUGGUUAA